CUUAUAAGCUGCAUCUGCCGCGUUCACGAGAUGAUGCAGAAUAGCACUUCAACUGACAGACAAAAACAAACUUAAAUUCUUCCUUCAAAAUGGCACCCCCCAUAACCCUCAACCGUAACUUCCCCCCCACCCCUAACCACGUCUGGUCCCCCUUCGUCAAUAAACUCGAGCUCCGCCUCCGCCUCUCCUCCAUCCCCUACACCACUGCCUCUGGCUCCCUACCCCAAUCCCCCAACAGGAAAAUACCCUACAUAUCCUACCAGCCCUCCCCAAACCACACCCCCGAACUCCUAGGCGACUCAACCCUUAUCACUAAGCGGCUUAUAUCCGACCACCUCCUCCCCGACCUCAACUCUGCCCUUUCCCCGGCAGAAAAAGCCCUUGACCUGUCCAUUAGAGCACUACUGGAAGAUAAACUCCAGUUCUUCAACACCCGCGAGCAAUGGGUCGACAACUACUACCCCAUGAGAGAAGGAAUUCUCGGUCAGGGAGGAGCGGGUCUGCCAUGGGUGAUGCAAUGGCUUAUAGGGGGGAAGAUUUACAAGGAUAUCAUCCGGACGCUCUAUGGGCAGGGGACAGGGAGGUACUCUUCUGACGAGGUGAGGGUGUUGAAGGAGGAGGUGUGGGAAGCUAUAAAUGCUUUUGUUGUGGAGGGGAGGAAUAAAACUCUAGCCCGGAGGAGGGGGAAAGGGGAUAAUGGUGACGAUAAGCCGUUUUGGGUCUUGGGAGGGGAGGGGCCCACGGAAGCGGAUUGCACUUUGUAUGGCAUGGUUGCGGGGAGGUUGAUGUGUAGCAGCGCUGCUCCUGAGACGGGGAGGUUGGUGAGGGGUUAUCCCACGUUGGUGGAGUACGCGAGGAGGAUUCAUGAUCGAUACUUUGAGGAGUAUGAUCUUUGGGAGGAGGAAAUCUAGGUUUGCCAGAUACAAUGAGGGUAAAAGGUGAAUAUAUGGUAAUGGAGAUGGAAAAAGAAACAAAAGCGGAUGCCCAAUAACAGGAUUGAACUGUUGACCUUCGCAUUACUUGGUACUGUUUCC